AUGGACACCUACGACGACAAUCCGUGGCACGAUGAGGAGUUCAACAUCAAGCCUAUCCGUCUUGCUAAGAGACGCACGUCUCUACCACCACCCGCACCAAGCCUCGAGUCCUCGUCCCCUGACGAAUUCAAAAUGCGUCCCAUCAGAUUGACCAGCAGAACCACCAACAACGACAAAAAAUCCUUUGAAGACGAUCACAGGCCUCGUAACAGCAAGGAUCUCAGUCCUAUAAUAAGUCCCAACACCCCACGCCGUCGGUCCAUCCAGAUAAAGAACUUACCUGUCAUUUCCAGCUCUCCUCCCAAGUUGAGGAUCGAUAAGAACUCCAACGACUUUAUAUUUGCCAUCUGUUUGGUCGACUUCCACCACAUCCGGGGGCCUGAGAUUGAAUGGUGGAAGUCCAACUAUGUGCCCGAGUUGGAUGCCAGCCUUUUCAAGAACUUACCGUUUCAAUCUCUCCCAGACGGGUCUCAUUUAUUUGAGGAAACCUUUUCCAACUUCAACUUGGUAUACGACUUUUCCACCAACAAGUCGUACGACAAUUUGAACGACUUGAUAAACUUUAACGACGACCCUCGAAACCUCCAGACGCUAUUUGGUUGUGCUUGUGUGCGUCAGAUCAAUAUCAAUGAGUUAAGCCCGGAGGAACUUGAGAGAAACAAGGAUAUCAAGCGGUCAAUUGUCCAGAAAGCAUUGGUGAUCAUCAACCGGAACAAACCCAUCUUCACCAAAAUCAAGGAUAAAUUGUCGAUUAUAACCAGAUCCUACUUCUUGCAGGAGAACCUUCUGAAUUACGAAGUGCUCGACAACUUGUUUAACAAUUUAAACCACGAAAUCAACUUUGACGACAACGAGGAAUUCUUCAUUAAUUUAAACCUCAAGCAGUCACUUCUCCAACUCCGGUCCAACUUCUUGACUAUCUUCAAGGCAUUGUUGUUGGAGAAGAAGGUGCUCAUUUACUCGAAUAACAAACUCGAACUUCUAACGAAGUUCCAAAAUAACUUGAUCAGUUUGAUCCCCAACCUCAUCAACAACCUCGUUUACUCGGGGUGUCAGUUAAGUGACUACCAAGAAAACUUCACCGGGAAGCUUAUGCAACCAGUGUCAUUGAAUACAGAGAACCGGGAUUCUAUGUUGAACUUCUUUGGUCUUCCUUUGAAACUCUUCAAUACUAAAGGGUCAUUCUGGAAUCCUUACUUGCCACUUCAGCAAAUCAACCAAUUGAACUUCCCAGAGACCAAGUCAUUUAUGAUUGGCUGCUCCAAUCUCUUGUUCGUGAACCAGCUGCGCGAUCUAGGCAUCGAUUUGCUUAUAAAUUUGGAUACUUAUGAACUAACAUUCCCCAAUGGUAUGGAUAGCGACUUGGUCUUGUCAUCCUUCGACAAAAGUUUCAUUAAUAAUGUUAUCAACAACUGCUCCAACGAUAAAGUGGUAGUAGAGAACGAGAAUUUCGUGGGCAGUGAUGACUACAUCAGGUAUCAAUUUGAAGACUACAUUCUUUCGUUUGUAUCUACAGUUAGAUUCAAUCAAUACUUGGAUAAGUUCAACCAGUAUCCUCCUGGUUUUACUAACAGCCCCAACGCAGAUGCCAAUGAAGACAACAAUCCCUACAAUGGAGACUUAUCAGCAUUUAACUUGGCAUUUGUCGAUGAGUGGAAAAAGUCCCACAACUUCGAGAUCUGGGACCUCACCUGCGAUGAGUUUGUGUUCAACUUCGUGACCCCUCGACAUGUGUCAGUUGACUCGACAAACACACUGGCACUCACCAACUUUUUUUCCAACUUGAACUUCAAGUUCAUAAAAAAUGAUGAACCUGACUCUGAAGUCAAGCCCAAUAAAUUUAUAGAAAAGCUUCGGGUUGCUCCUGAGCAGGGUCACAAGCCCAAAAAAUCGUCUCUGGAUGAGAAAUGGAAUUUUUUCAAAAGGAGCUCCCACUAA